GGCGGUGAAAAUAUUUGUAGAAUGCAUCUCGCGGGGGUUGAGCGUAGUGACUCUGGAUCCGAUGGGAUCGUUUCAGUUGCAUCGAAACUUUCAAGUCGGCCGGAUCUGCCAUGAGCUACUACUACUCGUCUGCCUCCGAGGAGGAUGGCAGUUCCCAGUACCUGGGCAGUCCCAACUACAACUUGACCCAGUUGCCAGUUUCUGCCCAGGAUUACGGACAAGGUGCCUACUUAUCGCCCGAAUGGCAAUUCCUGGAUGCCACAGGCGGCCCUCAAGCGGUACUAGGGCCCAUCUCGGAAGUGCAGAGUCAAUCCACUCAGCAGCAGACCACCAAACGACGGAGUAACAGCUCCACCGGAUCGGACGCAAGGAAGAGCAGCCCAGACCAGACCCAUCUCAGUCCCACGGUCCAGAAGAGGAGACGACAGGCAGCCAAUGCGCGGGAAAGGAAGCGGAUGAAUGGAUUAAAUGCGGCUUUCGAGCGGCUAAGGGAAGUGGUGCCCGCUCCCUCCAUCGACCAGAAGUUGUCCAAGUUCGAGACUCUCCAGAUGGCCCAGUCCUACAUCCUGGCACUGUGCGAUCUCCUCAACAACGGGGACGUGGAGGUGGAUGCUGCUGCAUACACAAUCUUCGGCGACAGCGAUAGUGGAUUUGGGUUGAGCGGCGGAUCCUUGUCAUAGAUGCAGAUUAUAGACUAAAGUUAUGUGAUUUUCUUCUUACUGUAGAUUAAGCUAAAUACGUAAUGAAAAUAAAUGGAAUACUUAUGAGUUAAA